CCCGGGGUCCCGCCAUGGCCUCGGUGCCCGUUUACUGCCUGUGCCGCCUCCCCUACGACGUGACCCGGUUCAUGAUCGAGUGCGAUGGCUGCCAGGACUGGUUCCAUGGCAGCUGCGUGGGGGUGGAGGAGGAGGCGGCGGCCGACAUCGACCUGUACCACUGCCCCCAGUGCGCCGUGCUCAGGGGGCCCUCCGUCAUGAAGCGGCGCCGGGGCCCCCCGAAGGCUCCGGAUCAGGAACCCCCCGGGGGCCGCCCCGCCCGGACCGGGAGCGCCCAGUUCAUCCGGGAGCUGCGGGGACGAACCUUCCCCAGUGCGGAUGAGGUGCUGCUGCGGCCGGGGGGGGCCCAGCUGACGGUGGAGUACCUGGAGGAGAACAGCUUCAGUGUGCCCAUCCUGGUGUCCCGGCAGGAGGGGCUGGGAAUGACCCUGCCCCCCCCCUCCUUCACCCCCCGUGACGUCCUGCACUACGUGGGGGCAGACAAGGUGGUCUCAGUGCUGGACGUGGGCCGCCAGGCCGAGCUCCGCAUGCGCCUCGGGGACUUCGUGGCCUAUUUGGGGGGUCCCCGGCGCGAGAGGGUCCUGAACGUCACCGGCCUCGAGUUCUCUGACACCAGGCUGUCCAACCUGGUGCACCCCCGGAUCGUGCGGAAGCUCUCGUGGGUGGAGAACCUGUGGCCGGGGGAGUCGGCGCGGGAGCGGCCGAGCGUGCAGAAGUACUGCCUGAUGGGGGCCAAGGACGGCUACUGCGACUUCCACAUCGCCUGUGGGGGCACCUCGGCCUGGUGCCACGUGCUCAAGGGUGAGAAGAUCUUUUACCUGGCGCGUCCCUCGGCCGCCAACCUGUCCCUGUUCGAGGCCUGGAGCAGCUCCCGCAACCGCCCCGAGCUCUUCUUCGGGGACCAGGUGGAUCGGUGCUACCGGUGCCACCUGCGCCAGGGGCAGACCCUCUUCAUCCCCACGGGGUGGAUCCAGGCCUCGCUGACCCCCGUGGACUGUUUGGCUUUCGGGGGCAACUUCCUGCACAGCCUCAACAUCGGGAUGCAGCUCAGGGCGUACGAGCUGGAGCGGCGCCUCAGCGGCUCCGACCCGGUGAAGUUCCCCAACUUCGAGACCAUUUGUUGGUACGUGGGGAGGCACCUCCUGGACACCUUCCGAGGGCUGCGGGAGAACCGCCGACACCCCGCGGCCUACCUGGUGCACGGGGCCAAGGCCCUGAGCGGGGCCUUCCGCGCCUGGACCCGCAGGGAGGUGCUGGGGGAGCACGAACACGAGAUCCCCGAAACCGUCCGGCCGGGACAGCUGGUGAAGGAACUGGGCAGGGAGAUCCGGCUGGCUGAGGAGCUGUUCCAGCAGAGCACGGGGAUGUCGGGGACCCCCUUUGGCCCCCCCUGGGGGGUCCCGGCCCCCAAAAAGGGGGGUCCCCGCAAGCCCCCUCCCAGCUCCCCCCCUGAUGAUGGGGGCCUCAACCCCCCGGACCCCCCUGAGGAGGAUGAGGAGCUCCCCCUGGACUUGGACUCAGAGGAGGAGCUGCAGAUUGAUGAGACCCCUCCCGGAGGGGCCCCGCCGGCUGCCUCGGCUCCCCGGAAGCUGCCCCGGGCCAAGCCCUGCUCGGACCCCAACCGGGUGCGGGAGCCGGAGGUGGAUUUUGACAUCGAGGAGGAUUACACCACAGAUGAGGAUGAGGAAGGAGCUGCCGGGGGCAGUGCCGGGAUCCUCGACCUGCUCAAGGCCAGUCGGCAAGUGGGGGGCUCCGAGUACCCCCAACUCAGCGAGGCCCCCGUCCCCAGCACACGCGAGGCCAUCCAGGGGAUGCUGUGCAUGGCCAACCUGCCCGCGGGACCCCCUGGGCCCCCAGCUGGUGGCGGGGGCUCGGGGCCCGACAGGGGGUGCUGGGGGUCGGGGGGCAGGAGAGCCCCCAGCCCCCGGAGCACGGACAGCGAGGCCGAGGGCAGCCUGGACGAGCAGGACAGUCUGGGUGCCUGCUUCAAGGACGCCGAGUACAUUUACCCCUCCCUGGAGUCGGAUGAGGACGACCCGGCCCUCAAGUCCCUCCCCAAGAGGAAGAAGGUGACGGAUGAUGCUCCCUGGAGCCCCAAAGCCCGAGUGACGCCGUCGCUGCCCCGGCAGAGCCGCCCGGUGCGGGAGGGGACCCGCGUGGCCUCGGUGGAGACCGGGCUGGCCGCGGCGGCCGCCAAGCUGGCCCAGCAGGAGCACCGGAAGCUGCAGCGCAGGAAGGGCCCCACUAAGCGCCGUCCCCUCACCCCCUCCCCUGAGGAGGAGGAGGAGGAGGAAGAGGAAGAGGAGGAGGAGGAGGAGGAGGAUGAAGAGCCCGACCCUGAGCCCGAGGCAGGGGAGGGGGACCCUGAGGCAGGGGGAGGGGCAGCCCCCGGAGCUCCCCCAGACCCCCCAUACCCCCCCAGCCUGGCUGACCACGAGUACACAGCCCGGCCAGGGGGGCCCUCCCACCCGGGGGCUCAGCCGGGCAGGGCCCCCACCCCCAUGGCCCCAGGGGUCUUCCUGAGCCAGCGCAGGGGCCCCCCUGGCACCGCCCCCCCCCAGCACGGCAAACGCCCCCGGAAGGGUCUGGCCACGGCCAAGCAGCGCCUGGGCCGGAUCCUCAAGAUCCACCGGAACGGGAAACUGCUGCUCUGAGGGGGUGUGGUCACACCUGGCCCCGCCCCCGGGUGUGGCCAAGACCCCACGCCCCCUUGCAUGGUCACGCCCACCAUGGGUCACCUGAAGGGGUGGGGUCAGGUGUGGCCACGCCCCUCCAAAUGUAGCCCCACCCACUUUCCUCAUUGGGUGUGUCUGUCUAGACCCACCCAUUGUGGGUGUGUCCUUAACAGGACCACGCCCCCGCCACACAAAAAGGGGCGUGGUUUGAACCAGGCCACACUCCCUGUGGUUGUGGUCCCUCCCACCACCCGUAUUGGGGGGCGUGGGCAACUCUGGCCACGCCCACAACGGUUCGCGCGGGCCACGCCCAUGUCCAUUGAGGACAUUUGGGUCUAUGAUAGGCGUGGUCAAACGGGGAGGAGCUUCAUUCAGGCCCCGCCCACAGCAGAUCCCAUCCUCCCAUUGGCUGCGGCUGAAGAGGCGGGGCCUUCUCCCUCAUCGGACACCGUGAUUGGCCGAGCCGCGGAAGGGGCGGGGCCUCCUCUGAUUGGUCCCUGCCGGGAUCUCCCCCCCAUGUGUCUUCAGGUUGAUUGACGGGGGCGGGGCCGCUUCCCAUUGGCUGCCCCGGUUUUGUAGGCGUGUCCGAGGCCGCGGCCCCGCCCCUUUUUUGUAUUUGUAGAAUAAAAACGAAAAAAAAAAGGAGAAACAAAAAAAAGCCGA